AUGCAUAUGUGCUGCGCCAACUUUGCAUAUUCCUCUGAGCGAAAUAAAUUAAAUGAAAAAGACCGGAAAUACUUUCUUGAACAUAACCCCGCUUAUCCACCUGCAAACAAAGAAUGCAAUGACCCGAAGUACAUGGCUGCCGAUAUAAUUGCUUGUGAAAACGCAAAACAUCCUGUGAAGGAUUCUGAAGAUAUGGAUUUGUAUAGUACAAAACAUAUUCACAGAAGAAGACGUGUCACUGCACAUUGGCUUGCAUGGCCCAAACAUAUGACAAGCCCUUUUUUGCAAGCAAUUCAAGCCUUCAACCAACAAACGUGUAUUAAAUUAAUCCCAAGAACCGGACAACGUGACUACAUCGCUUUGUUUAGUGGCGAAGGGUGCUACACUUUCUUAGGACGAAACGGGGGCAGGCAGCCACUUUCAUUACAAGCAUAUUCAGGCUGCGCACAAAAAGGAGUUGCUAUUCACGAAAUUAUGCACGUGUUGGGGUUUUAUCAUGAGAUGGCCAGAAGAGACCGUGAUGAACAUAUUAGGAUUCAUUUUGACAAUAUUUAUACAGGUUGGUGGAGACAGUUUCGAAUGCAUGAGUACAGUAAUGGAUCAGUAUGGGGUGAAGAUUACGACCCUCAAUCUGUCAUGCAUUACGGGAAUUACGCCGCAGCCAUCAAUAGCAACCGAAUGACGUUAACAUCUGUUCGUAAUCCCAGGGAAAUACUUGGCCAGAGAAAUGGCAUGUCUCGAAAAGAUGCCAUUCAAAUUAAUAGAAUGUACGAAUGCGCAAAUUUUGUUAAUCGAGUUUAG